GCGCUCGACGCGCCUCGCCUGACGACGCCAGUCUUCCUUUGCUCACAUAUUCAGUAGGAAGUAAGGAGAGCGGUUGGAGAGCGACGAGGUGUAUAUCUGGGAUGGAACAAGUGGAAUUGAAUUACGUUUUAACUUAUCUGCAUACGUGACGGCCCAUUCAUAGUUUGAAAUCUUAGAACGCUGAUCACCACAAAUCGUACUUGUGUAAGGAAUGUUAAUUAGAGAGUGGUAAUAAUAAUAGAUUGCAAUUUUUCUCAGCAUCACAUUUGUAUUGAUUAAUCCAGAACCAAAUGUGGAAGUGAAAACGUUUUAGGUGUAAGGUGGACGCAGACACUGGAGGAAGAUGUGGUGCAUCUUGGCAAUAGCAGUGGUGGUGGCGCUGACUCCUCCCUGCCAAGGCUUCAAUGUAGGUGUAAAGGGAACUAAGUGUAACCUGGAAAUUUCCAAGGGAGAUAUCAAUGACCCCUGUGAGUCACUAUAUGGUGCUGUAUGUGGAGGAACUCACUGCAUCUGCCCUCCUGGCACCUUUGAGGACAAGACUUUGUUACGCUGUAAUAAAAACCGUCCAGGAGGGUCCCAAGGUGGAAACAAUCGUGGAGCAGUGGAUGACCUUGGCCUUCCCUUGGAUUAUGAGCCUAAUAAACCAGCUCCUGCCCCAGCACCACCCAAACCAAAGCCUCCCCAGCAGCCCCAACCUGGUUACAACCCCAACCAGCCUGGCUACAACCCCAACCAGCCCGGCUACAACCCCAACCAGCCCGGCUACAAUCCCAACCAACCAGGCUACAAUCCCAACCAGCCUGGCUACAACCCCAACCAGCCUGGCUACAACCCCAACCAACCUGGUUACAACCCCAACCAGCCCGGCUACAACCCCAACCAUCCUGGUGGUACCCAUGGCAAAACUCAUGGAAAAGAUGAAAAUAUGGGAGAAGAAGUUGGAGGAGGUGUGGGUGGCUUGAUAUUUCUUCUCAUUAUGGGCGGUCUCAUCUACUUCUGCUGCUGCAGAGGAGGAAAGCAUAAACAAGUUAUGAACAGGUUCCAGGGACUUCCCUUCAUGAACAGGGGUCAGCAGGCUGCCCCUGGUGGAGCAGUGCCCAUGCAGAGUACCAUGGUGCAGCAAGAUCCUAACUUCAGCUCCCAGCACACCUAUGUGCCACCUGAUGCCCAGCAGCCUCCACCAGGACAGUACCCUCCACCAGCAGGUGUAUACCCAGCACCUUAUGGACCACAGCCUGGGUAUGCACCUUACCCCCCUCAAGGUGGAGGGCCCCCUAUGCAGCCUUACCCUCCGCAGCCUUACCCACCUUCUGCAGCACCUUACGUGGCCCCCGGUCCGCCUGAAGGCUACGCUCCACCUGGCCAACAGCCUCCACCCUACACCCAGCAGUACCAGCCCAAUGCUCCACCACCCAUGUAGACCCACUGCCUCAGCCACCUGUAAUGUUGGUACCAGUAGUCUUUUUACCGGUAUUGGUCUGGCCUGCCUCAUAGCCUUUAUGUAGUGACUUAUACUUAUUGAAACCUUGCUACUGGUUUACUUAAGGUAAUACUUGAAGUUUUGAGGUAAAGCAUACUUUUGAGAAAAAAAAUGUUAACAGCUUAAACAUUUGUGGCCAUCAGCUUGAGUGCAUGCUUAUAUUAUAUUUAGUUUUUGUUACUUGUGAAGUCUUGAGAUGUUAGUACUUUUUAUGGCAAAUCUGUGAGACAAGGUUUCCUUAAAUUUCUAAAUCAAUAAUGUAGACUAUACUGGCUGCCAUGGCAACAUUUAAAUGCACUAAUAUGCUUGACUGUCUCAAUCACAAUGAUGCAACAAAACUGUCUUGUUUAGGAAUUUACUUGAGAAAGCUUUAUUCAUCUUUAUCACUGUUUUCGUUGUAACAAACAAAAGAUGACAACAAAAUUGUGGUCAUAAUUGUAGCAUUCAAAAAGGGAAGAUGAAAUCAUCAUAGGUGAAUUAAUGGAACUAAAUAUAUAAGUAAAUAAGUGUUGAUUGCUGUCUUUCAAUCUUUAAUUCUAUUUAAUUAUAAUAUUUUCUUAACAAUCUCAUUAAGGUGUUUUAUUAGAAGAUGACCCAUUUACAUAAUGUUAUUAUAACAUUAUGACAUUACUGCUACUUAAGUCACCAUUGCCUAAUACACAUUUGAUAAAUUUUCUAGGAUAAAAUUAUUCCUUGUUUAUUUUGAGUCUGUUCAAGAUGUUAGCCAGAUGUUGGUAUUUAUGAUACUGCAAUGUUGUUUUCACACUUCAAGACAAGACUAAAAAACACUCAUUUUCAUUCAUAAAUACAUAGCUGUUAGUGUCUACCUCUGACAGAACAUAUGGUGAAUAAUGGACAUGUGACAGGUUUAACAGAGCUUUGCUACUAUGUGCAGUUUUAAAAUGUAUGAAUCAGUGUAACAGUCUACCCUGCAAUGUUCCUGUAGCUUACAGUCUGUGUGCCAUUCAUGAAAAUUUCCUGUCAAAAUACUCAUCAUAUCAUCAGCAUAUUUGUCACUGCUUACUGUGACUGGCUACUCUAUGAUAUGUUUUAUAUACAAUUAACUUCAGGAAAUUUUAUUUGCAUAAUAUUUACGUGAUCUCAGAAAGUUAUUAUGUAUGUCAUGUUACUUGAUGUUAAUGUUUUACUGAACACUAUGUAUUUUCAUAGAAUUAAAUCUUUUGAAUAUU